CCCCUUCCUAGGCCGCCUGCAGCUCUCUCUCCUCUCAGGCAGGGGGCGCUGGUGUUCCCGGCCGCCUGCAGCUCUCUCUCUCCUCUCAGGCAGGGGGCGCUGGUGUUCCCGGCCGCCUGCAGCUCUCUCUCCUCCCAGGCAGGGGGCGCUGGUGUCCCCGGCCGCCGCGCUCUGUCCUUUCUCUAGCUGCUCUCCUCUUCUCUCGUCGGGCCGGACAUGGCAGUGACAGCAGCGGAGCUCGGGGCGCACGGAGCCGGGCCGCAGAGCAGGCAGAAGCCGGAUGGUGGGGACAUUUCCUGGCCGGGGAAGCUGACGAGGCCCGAGGCUUGUUCUUCCUCACGUCGCGGGUGUUAUUGAAGGAGUCGGCGGAGGUCGGUCACCGAGCUGCUGCCCCCUCCCCCGGCUGCCUGUGCCGCCAGCUCGGCAUGUGGAGCCCCCCCGGCCGAGACCUCAGCCUGAAGGGUCAUUAACAAAUGGAGAACUAUUUUGAGGAAGAAUCUUGUAACUUGGACAAAGUGUUGGACGAAUUUGAAAAGAAUGAAGAUGAGAACGUUUCGCCAAAACUGUUGGAUGCGAAAUGGAAUCAGAUCCUGAAUCCUCCUUCUCGUCUGACAGAGAAUUCUGCGCUGGACAAUGUCAGUAAAUCAAUCAUUGCAAUCGAGGCUCACCUCAAAGACCGCUCACCCAGCCUGACGCCCUGUUCCAAUGGAGAGAUAAAUGACAUCACCCCGGAGCUGUCCACUAUGGUGACAGAAGACACCAGCAUGGCUGAGGACAGAAAAGCCCAGCCGGAAAACAUAUGCAGUACUUUGCAGUGCGCCGAGGAGUCGCUGCUGGCUGAUGUUACCCUAAGUAUGAGCUGUGGUCAAAAUGCUGCUCUUGGGGAGGGGGCAUCCCCUGGCAGCACCCCUUCAAGCCAAGCGAUCGUGAACUCUGAGAGUGCCCUGGACAGUGACAAGAUUUUGCAAAGUCCCUUACAUGUCGGUGACCUCAAUCAAAAAGUGACCGAAACAGACUGUACAAAAGUGGCCCACGUCUCUGCUACUAUCGAAGCGAGGGUUUGUCCCGCGGUGCAGAGCCAUAGUAGCAUUACUAGUAAUUCAACCCUAAGUGUUUGGGAAAAUAGUACUGAAGACCUUACUAGUCCACCCUAUUCUGUGCCCCCAAUGUCCGAAGUGCGUCAGCUUUCUCCUAGCAAAGGUGUCCCCAGUACGGAAAAUGAUAAUAAAAAUAUAUCCUGUCCACUUGAUGAUCUGACUGUAGGCGAUGAUUCUAGUAAAAACCAUCUAAAGGCCUCAUUUCUACCAUCUACAGAUAAGCAGAUAGUUGCAGGCGAUCACAGGCCUGCAGAUGUUGAUCAGAUUGCACUAGCUAAUGAUGGACUCCAGCCUGACGGGUCUUCUGAACUAGUAGCGGAGCAUUUCUCAGACUCUGUUGUGACAAAUGGUGACAAAGAAACACUAGAUGGGGACAGAAAGUCGCACGGGAACGAUAAACGUAGCGACCCAGAUAAAAUUCUGGUGGACGGUAAGCUGCAUAAUGCUGAUGGGACGGAUGCUGUCAUGUCUCUGCAAAAUGGGUGUGAUUCCUAUGGAAUGCAAAACCCGACUGUAGCUCAUAACCCAAAGAGUUUGCCAUCGAAAGAAGACUCUGUGACGGAGGAGAAAGAAAUAGAGGAGUGCAAGUCAGAAAAUUACACUAAUGUUUACGAGCAGAGGGAUGACGACGCUCCAGAGGGGAGAGGACUUUUGGUAAAUGCCAGUGGGGAUGUCCUGAAGAACCACUUGCAUGGUCUCGGCAAUCAGGUAGCACCUGCGCAUGGGCAGACUUCAAAGACAGCCAGGAGCAUGCAACCUCUUAGUGUCCCCUAUGGUGGAGCACGCCCAAAGCAGCCAACUCAUCUCAAGCUGCAGAUCCCAAAGCCAUUAUCUGACAUGUUACAGUGCGACCUGGUCCCCCCCAACGCUGGCUGCAGCUCCAAAAACAAAAACGACUUCUUAAAUAAGUCAAAUCAAAAUGACGUCAUCGUGUCGGAUGCUCUCCGCGACAAAGCUGCCAUUCGUAGCCCUGGUUUUGAUGCAAACGGUGACCUGCUCGGAGAUUACAGGGGCCCCAACAGUCCGUGCCUUGCCGUGUCCGCAGACAGCCCCGAUAACGACCUCCUCGCUGGGCAGUAUGGCGUUUCUGCCACCAAGCCAUUCACAACUCUAGGAGAGGUGGCUCCAGUCUGGGUCCCUGAUUCUCAAGCCCCUAACUGUAUGAAAUGUGAGGCGAGGUUCACAUUUACAAAACGGAGACACCACUGCAGAGCAUGUGGAAAGGUGUUCUGCGCUGCCUGCUGCAGCCUCAAAUGCAAACUACUGUACAUGGAUAAGAAAGAGGCCCGCGUGUGCGUUAUCUGCCAUUCUGUGCUCAUCAAUGCCCAGGCAUGGGAGAACAUGGUGAGCGCAUCAGUUCAAAGCCCAAACCCUAACAACCCCGCCGAGUACUGCUCUACCAUCCCCCCAAUGCAGCAGGCACAAGCUUCCGGAGCCCUCAGUUCCCCACCUCCGACUGUCAUGGUACCCGUUGGAGUUCUAAAACAUCCAGGAACUGAAGGAUCCCAGUCCAGGGAGCAGAGGCGGGUCUGGUUUGCGGAUGGCAUUUUACCGAAUGGGGAAGCUGCUGAUGCGGGAAAAGUGAACGCAGCCCCAGCGGCUGGAAACCUGACUGUAUCCCAUGACACCAACAAAUCCUCCCCCGGCACUUCACCGUCAUCAGAGAAUGAGAGCACAUCUGGGUUCUGUGGCAGUAUAACUCAGGUCGGCAGUGCAAUGAACCUUAUACCAGAGGACGGUCUUCCCCCGAUUCUUAUCUCCACCGGCGUCAAAGGAGAUUAUGCUGUGGAAGAACGCCCCUCCCAGAUGUCUGUCAUGCAGCAACUGGAAGAUGGGGGACCCGAUCCCCUGGUGUUCGUCCUGAACGCAAAUCUUUUGGCAAUGGUGAAGAUUGUGAAUUAUGUGAACAGGAAGUGUUGGUGCUUCACCACAAAAGGAAUGCACGCCGUGGGGCAAGCUGAGCUCGUCAUCCUCCUGCAGUGUCUCCCUGACGAGAAGUGCCUGCCCAGGGACGUCUUCUGUCACUUUGUGGAGAUUUACCGGGAGGCAUUGGCAGGUAAUAUGAUUGGAAACUUGGGACACUCGUUUGUCAGCCAAAGCUUCCUAGGCAGUAAGGAACAUGGAGGGUUCCUGUAUGUUACACCCACAUACCAGUCCCUUCAAGACCUGGUACUUCCUGCACAGCCCUAUCUGUUUGGAAUCCUCAUUCAGAAAUGGGAGACACCGUGGGCCAAAGUUUUUCCCAUGCGGCUCAUGCUUCGCCUGGGAGCAGAGUAUAGAUUGUACCCCUGUCCGCUCUUCAGUGUCAGAUUCAGGAAGCCGCUGUUCGGGGAGACUGGCCACACAAUCAUUAAUGUCUUAGCAGAUUUUCGAAAUUACCAGUACACGCUGCCGGUCGUCCAGGGCUUGGUAGUAGAUAUGGAAGUCAGAAAAACCAGCAUCAAGAUCCCCAGCAAUCGAUACAAUGAGAUGAUGAAAGCCAUGAACAAAUCUAAUGAACAUGUCCUGGCCGGGGGCACAUGCUUCAACCAGAAGGCAGAUUCCCACUUGGUGUGCGUGCAGAACGAUGACGGCAAUUACCAAACACAAGCCAUCAGUAUUCAUAAGCAGCCACGCAAAGUUACCGGUUCCAGUUUCUUUGUCUUCAGUGGAGCACUUAAGCCGUCUUCUGGCUUCCUGGCAAAGUCUAGCAUUGUAGAAGACGGAGUGAUGGUUCAGAUCACAGCGGAGAGCAUGGAUGCCCUAAGACAAGCCUUGCGGGAGAUGAAAGAUUUCACCAUCACUUGUGGGAAGGCGGAUGCCGAGGAGACGCAGGAACACGUCUAUGUACAAUGGGUGGAAGAUGACAAAAACUUCAACAAGGGUGUUUCCAGCCCAAUUGAUGGCAAAGCCUUGGAGUCUGUAACCAGCAUCAAGAUUUCCCAUGGCUCCGAAUACAAAGCCAAUGGCAAAAUCAUUCGUUGGACUGAGGUAUUUUUCUUGGACACUGAGGAACAGCAGAGUGGCCUUAGUGAUCCCGCCGACCACAGUAGACUGACCGAAAAUGUGGCCAAAGCUUUCUGUCUUGCACUUUGUCCACAUCUCAAGCUACUAAAAGAAGAUGGGAUGACCAGACUGGGGUUGCGGGUCACUCUGGACUCGGACCAGGUCGGAUACCAAGCAGGAAGUAACGGGCAACCUCUGCCUCCUCGCUACACCCAUGAUUUGGACAGUGCCUUGGUGCCAGUGAUACAUGGGGGCACAUGCCAGAUAAAUGAGGGCCCAGUAACCAUGGAACUCAUUUUUUAUAUCUUGGAAAACAUCUCAUAGGGAUGAAAUAAGUGCGUCCUCAAAAAAAAAAAAAAAAAAGACAAACUGCCGCUGGCUGAACCAUUUGCACUUUAAUCAUGGAAGAUUCAUGUGUUUUUUUUCUUUUGCUAACACUAGUAGUAGGUCAGGGGGCGAGAGGCGGACACAAGAAUGCUUUAAACCUUCUAUGCAUUGCCAAUGUACAGUGUCAGGUUGCAAAGAGAGGGCGAGCGGUGACAUAGAAAAUCUGCCGAUCCCUGAGAUUCGUUACACAGGAGAUCCUGGAUGAUGCAGAAAGACCCUCAUAAGUGCAAGGCAACGAACGUCCUACAUACAAUCAGGAAUCUCACUCUGACCUCAUUGAUAUCAUCGCUGCAAACGUUUUCUGCUCGCGUACUAUAUCACUGUUUCAUCCUCUUCAAGUUUACACUGUUUAAGAGCAGCCUGAACCUCCUAACCGGUUUUGGUUUGUAUCCUUAUGUACAAUGCAUGGCAAGGAAGACCGAGAUACAUGGCCUGUAAGUGUUGAUAUCACCUCCCAGCGCAAGUGCAUGAAACCAGUUGCUGAUCGCUGCGCUGGUUCUUAUUAGCAAAGGGCAGCAAUAUUAUUUUAUACUAUUCAGGUCAUUUAUUUUUUGUCCACGUUGUCGUCU